AUGGCAAAGAUUCACACUCCUGACUCUCUCGCGACCGAGUUUGAGCUGGGAGAACCUGAAAAGACACGACGUCGAAGGGAACUCGACUCUCCGUCAGCUCUCCCGACAUCGACUCCAUCAUCUGGCGCAGAGCAGCCAAGCCUGGGUCAGAACCCAUCUGGACCAUAUUCAUGCCCUAUGUAUUCUGGUCAAUGUUUCUUGUGCCCUGCUGGUGUUCCUGGACACAGCGGUCCUCCAGGCCCGCAGGGGGUUGCCGGAAGGGACGGGAGAGACGGACGGGAUGCACCGACAAGUCCCCAAGAAACACCCAGCGACGAAACAAACCCAACUGAAUCCGGCGGCGAUGCGGUAGUGCGUCCAGUAGGUAACAUGACAAGUCUCCCUGGUGUCAUCUAUAUUCGCUGGGGUAACGAUGUGUGUCCUGAGGAUGCAGAACUCAUCUAUGCAGGUUCGUACAGAUGGGUAAUAUUCCACGGGGAAAAACUCUGGAAAUGUUUUGACAAGAUCGCAAGAACUUUCUGA